UCGGCUCAGACAGACAGCUCAGCGUUAGCCCGGCUUCCUGUGUAUGAGCCCCGGCUUCGCUGGUACCCAGUGACAGGAAGAGCUGUGUCCGUCCGGCCCUGUCAUCUCAGCACCAUGAACACCGUUCUGUCCCGGGCCAAUUCCCUCUUCGCCUUCUCCCUCAGUGUGAUGGCUGCACUCACCUUCGGCUGCUUCAUUACUACCGCCUUCAAAGAGCGAGUGGUGCCUGUAAACAUCCAUGUGUCCCGGGUCACACUAGAGAAUGUGGAAGACUUCACCGGCCCAAGAGAAAGGAGUGACCUCGGAUUCAUCAUAUUUGAUAUAAAUGCAGAUUUGCAGCCAAUAUUUGACUGGAAUGUCAAGCAGCUGUUUAUAUAUCUGUCUGCAGAAUAUGCCACUAAAAGUAAUGCUUUAAAACCAGGUUGUGCUAUGGGACAAAAUCAUCCUCCGGGGUGAUAACCCAAAAUUGUCUUUAAAGGAGAUGAAAUCAAAGUAUUUUUUCUUCGAUGAUGGAAACGGCCUGAAGGGUAAUCGGAAUAUAACACUGACUCUGUCCUGGAAUGUUGUCCCAAAUGCUGGCAUCCUUCCUUUGGUCACUGGAUCAGGCCAUAUUUCUGUUCCAUUCCCUGACACCUAUAAAACCACAAUGAACUAUUAA